CCACUUACACCACCACCACGCAAGAGCUCACGGCGACACUGACUGCACGCACGUCCAUCACAAGCAAAAGGCACCUGCAUCUCUACAGAGAUUCACUUUUACUGUCGAGAGAGACCUUUAAUUUUCCCUCUAACCGAAGCCACGAUCCUUUGACUCUGCUCGCCCAAAUCCCAAUCUGAACCAGUUUCACCAUGGCAGCUCAGCGAGCCGUCACAGAUAAUCUCACCCUCGCCUCAAAGCAGCGCAUCCCGCAACUUGGCUUUGGCGUGUACAAGUCUCCCGCAGACCAGACUGUCGCCUCGUGCCGGCGCGCCCUGGACGUCGGGUACAGGCACAUUGACACGGCGCAGUUCUACGGCAACGAGCGUGAGGUCGGCGACGCCGUGCGCCAGCACACCAGCCUGAAGCGCAGCGACGUGUUCCUGACCACAAAGAUCCUCGAGGCUGGGGGUUCCGUGGACGCGAGCUACGCGAAGUGCGUUGAGAGCGUGCGCAAGCUGAACCCGGGCGUCGAGCAGGGAGGAGGAGGCUACGUGGACUUGUUCCUGAUCCACACGUCAAAUGUCUCUGCCGGGCAGAGGAAGGAGAUGUGGCAGGCGCUAGAGAGGCUGUAUGAGGAGGGCAAGGCCAGGAGUAUCGGCGUGAGCAACUUUGGCAUCAAGCACAUUGAGGAGCUCAAGCAGUUCGCCAAGGUGUGGCCGCCGCACGCAAACCAAAUCGAGCUUCACCCCUGGCACCAGCAGCGCGAGAUUGUCAAGUACUGCGAGGACAACAAAAUCAUCGUGCAAGCCUACUGCCCGAUCGCCAGGAAUAAGCGGGCUGACGACAAGACGGUCGCGGGCGUUGCACAUAAACACGGCGUCACAGCAAACCAAGUGCUCAUCCGCUGGUCCCUCCAGAAGGGCUGGGUGCCGCUGCCUAAGAGUGACGACCCAGAGCGCAUCAGGCUGAAUGCUGAUGUGUAUGGCUUCGAGCUGGACAAUAACGAGAUGCAAGCUCUUGAUGCGCUGGACGAGGGUGCUGCUGGCGCGCUAGUGAAGACGGUUGAGAACCAUUAAUCUUCUCGGACGGACUAUAUUUAUGCAUUGUCGAAGCACAGAAACAUAAAGCAUAUAGGAACAAAAUGAAUAUCUGUUAUAUCCAUCCUCGAGGG